AUGGCGAUGAUGGCGAGUGUGAUACGUCUGCUGCUGCUGCUGCUGCUGCUCAGAAGCCAAGUGGCUCCAGAUGAGCAUCUGUCCGUGGGAGGUGUGGAGAUGAUGGUAGGAGUCACCACCACUACCCUCGAGCACCAUCGUCUCGUCCAGGAGGAUGUCCUUGGCGGCUACUACCUCCACUGCGGCUGCAGCGGGCUCGCCGCCUCUGUGCGGCUGCCCAUUCUCACCCUCGUAUUCCUGCACCUGGCACUCACCAUCGUCCACUUACCCACCUCGCUCCAUUCCACACUGGACCUGGUCCUGCUCCCUCUGCGGCCUACACUCUUCCUCUGCUCUCUGCUGGCCUUCAUCGUCGGCGUACUUCCAACACUCGUAGUCAGGCGCAGGAUUCUUGCCAGGACCACUUGGCAGGCGGCACUAUGCGGGCCAGCAGCCUCGCCAAGAGCAAUGCCAUCUGUCGUCACGCUCCCGCUAGGCGUCAAAGUAUCGACGAGUACCACCGGCGGUCGAGCAAACUACCACCUCACUCUUUCGUCCACCUGGCUGUCCGCAGCCCUCCACGGUCUGGCAACACUCCUGUCAAAUGCCCUCCUCGUGGCUUCCUUUGCCGCUUACUCCCCAGAGCCCACUUGGUGGUUGCCAUACCAGCGUGUGCCUUCGACUCGCAAGAGUACUGGCUCAUUCGGUAGAACAGUCACCACCACCACUCAUCACUGGAGGCCCAAUGAGGCGGUAUGGCUCUUGCUCCUCCAACCCUUGGUCCUUGGUAUAGCUUCAAGUCUGCUAGCUUCGGCUCUACCUCAUGGAGUGUGGUCGGUGCCGCCACUCCGGGUCCCUCAAUUCCCCACUUUCCUCAUCAACAGCCUCCCGGCGUCCAUCGGUGGAGCAGCCUUUGUAUCAUCUACGCUUUCCAAGAGGGUCUCGACCUCAAUGUCGCCCCUGGUCGUCAAGGCUGCUCUGCAGUACCUCGUACUCUCCACAGCGCUUCUACUCUUCUACCUACCCCUACGCCUGCCUUUUUUCAGACUGCUUCUCAUCUUUCUCCCGCCCUAUUCGGCCCUACGCCGUAUGGUCAUUCCGUCUCUACGAAGCGGCUUCAGCCUCACUACGAUGUCCCACCUUACCACCCUCUUUCUCACAUCAGGAGCAUGCGCAAUGGUGCAAGGCGCAACUAGGGCACUCGCCGCCAAUCUCUGGGAAGUCUAUGCUACCCAUCCGCUGGCAAUCACGGCUACUCAGGUGUCCAGCUCCGUGGCCCAAGGGGCGAAUGGCAAGUCCCUCGAGGUCAUGAUUGGCGCCCUGGAAAAGUACGCGCCGAGGCGCACACCAGCGGCUACAGCCAGCGCUGGUGCUGAGAGCGAAGCGGAGCGCGCUUUCCUCUUCACCCACGCCCUCUUCGACUUUACAGCCCUCUGCACAGACACUACUACACAAGGCGCACAAGUCAGGCGGGCGUUCUUCAAGCACUUUGCUGUGCCCAGCGUCCCCAGUUCCCAGGACUCCGCUUCUGCCUCUGCUGCCGCGGGUGGAGGAGGUGGAACCGUCAGCGCGUGGGAGAGGGUCAGUGAGGUCUUACUUGGAGUCGUUGACGGGGCGGUCGAUGAAUGGGAGAAGGGUGCAUCUACUGAAAUUGGGUCAAGCGUUGCGGCACAGAGGACUGGCGAGGUCAAGAAAGGAUCCGAGUCGUCGGUAGCUGUUGCUGCCCGCAGCAAGGGUAAGGAGCUCGAGGUUGUCAAGGGCGGCAUGGCCGGAAGUGUCCCUCCGCCAGCGGCAUCAACUGCACGACUGGCAGCAGCGCAAGGACAUGGCCAGUCCUCGGCUGUGAGCUCGGCAGGUGAAGGGCAGACGACGGUCUGGCAGAGACUUGUCGCUCCUCCGCCGUCUACAGGAGCUGGCUCUUCUAACACCUCGGCGACGUCAAGCUCGCAAGGCGCGUCUGCUCCAGCACCCGCCGCAGGCACGACCACUGCUUCAUCGAGCUCUCUAGGCGCUCUCGGCCCCCUCGCAAGCACUCUCCAAGCGCUAGGCUCUCGUAUUUCCUCCCUUCUACCCGCUCCGGUCUCCUCCCUCCUACUCUCGGGACCCCGCGCUGCCAACAGCCAAAGUUCCUCCAGCGCGAGCGCAAACGCCAACGGGGACGCAAGCGAUUCGUUGCUGCACUUGCUCCUGACGCUCCACGCAAUCUACACGCUCCUCCUCUUCUCUCUGCAGGAAGACGAGUGGGGCUCUGUGACGCUGAGCGAGCGACGUGCGCUGGGCGUCGAAAGAUGGAUCGCGCUGGGCGGGAGGGUGGAGAGGGCGGUUAGGCGAAUGGUACCUGCGCUUGCUGCUGGUGCUGGUGCUGGUGCUGGUGCUGGUGCUGGUGCUGGUGCUGGUGCUGGUGCUGGUGCUGGUGCUGGUGCUGGUGCUGGUGCUGGUGCUGGUGCUGAUGAGAAAGAGGAGAAGGAUCCAAAAGCGGGUGGAGCAAAGGGCGAGGCGGACGAGACGGGCUGGGAAUGGCGACUACUCGUGCAAGAGGCACAACGCGGUCGUGAGGGCGUGGCGAGGGAAUUUGGAAUCGUCUCGUAG